AGCGGUCGCCCGGAUGGGGUGCGCGCCAUUUUCAAACGUCUUGCCGCGGCGGAGACCCGGGGCCCGGGAUCCGGUGCGGGGGGCGGUGACGGCGCCGCGGGGAGACGGGUCCCGACGGCCGAGGAAGGCGGCGUUGAUGCAGUGAACUCCAAGCGGUUUGAUUACUUAAAGUGUUGUGCUGAAUAACUAUUCUUUAAAUAAGGAAAUUUGCCUGAAUUUGCCGUGAAACAUUUAUUGACAUGACCACCACUUCAGAGAGAAAGUUUGUAAACCUGCGAAAGCGUUUGGAUCAACUUGGCUAUAGGCAGCCCCUUGGGAUAGAGACACUCCCAUUGGUGGAAAAACUUUUCAGUGAUUUGGUACACACUACAGAAAGCCUUCGCAAUGCUAAACUGUCGUCCGGAAAAACAGAAAAAGAGAGCAAGAACUUGGACUCUGUACUUGAGCCAUAUAGAACUGAGAAUGCACGUCUUGUCCAGGAGAACAACAAACUUCACCAGGAAUUACUGAGAUUAAAAGAGGAAUCGGAUCAACAGAUCAAAGAUUUAAAAUACACCAUUAGAAAAUUGGAACAUGACACUGCAGAUUUGAAGUUCUUAAAUAACCAGUAUGUACAUAAAGUACGAUCUCUAGAGAAGGAGAGUAAAGCAAAGACUGAAAAGAUCCAGCAGUUACAAGAGAAAAAUCUGCAGGCAGUGGUACAGACACCAGGUGGCAAAAAGCGCAACAUUCCAUUUCGCCGACAGCGAAUGCAAAUUGAUCAGACGAUUCCUCCAUCAGGGAUUGCAUCAGCACCACAGAUUCAUAUUGAAGAUCCUUACUACCUGGACCUAUUGAAUGUAGCUGAUGAUAGAAUAAUGGGUCUUCAAGAUACUGUUAAUAAUCUCAAGGCUGAACUGGAUAAAUCAGAUCGUGAAAUGAGAAAAUUCCAGAGGCAGGUUGAAGCAAGAGACGAGGAAAUAGAGCGCCUGAACCGAACACUGGAAGGUGGUCGGCCUCAUGAUGUUAUCUCCCUUGAAGCUAAAAGCAAAAGUAAUGAGCGUCUAAUAGCACACUUAAACCUACAGGUUGAAUACCUUCAGAGAACUAACUGUGAUCUAGAGAAGCAGAUGAAGGAACUUCUGGAGAAAAAAAGUGAGGCAACGAAUGAGGUUGUAAACCUGAGCACUAAAAAUGAGCACUUAUGUAAUGAAUUGAAUGAGAUUGACCAUUUGGCACAGCAGUUGGAACGGGAUAAAGAAAUUGCCCUAGAAAUUGCUGAUAAAGAAAUUCAAGAAGCAAAGGAUGAAAUCCAGAAACAGCAUAGAGAAUUGGAAGGGUUUGAAGAAACAAUUGCUAGACUGACCAGAGAAUUGACUGCAACACAUAAUAAUUACUCCAAGGUUCAAGAAGAGCUACAAUGUAAAUCCAAAGAAAAUCAAACACUUCACGAUUUGUUAAAUCAACUAAAGAAGGAAAAGCAAAGGCUGCUUGAACGAGUUGAUAAACAAGUAGCAACAGAACGAGAAAUAGUGUUAGAAUUGGAAAGAAUGAGAACACAGCAUGGUAUUCUAAGAGGCGACACCUCACCAUCUCGUCUAGACAAAUUUGUAAAGACUUUAGAGGAAGAAAGGGAUUAUUACAAAUGUGAAGUAGAAUACCUGCAGGAUUUGGUAUCUGGAAGAAACAGCCCAAUCUGCUCUCCAAGACGUGGGCGGAGUCCAACACGGACUUCACCUGUUAAGAGCAGUAGCCUCAGCUCUGAAUUGUUGCAGGUUAUCAGAGAACGGGAUGAGUUGCAAUCAGUGCUUGACAAAUUUGAGCAACACAUGGCAGAAAUCCAAUCAAAUGUCAAGGUUUUGACAGCGGAGCGAGACAAAUUGCUUAUGAUAUAUGAGCAGAAUCAAGAUGAAUUGAACAAAUUAAAAAAGGAGGUGCUAAUAUCACCAAUAUGUAAAAUGCGUGUGGAAGAAGAAAGGGAUGAAGCUAAAGCAGAAUUGAAGAGAAUGACAACUGAGAGAGAUGGUCUGAGAGAGAGAGUGAAGGGCAUCAUUGAAACAGCCGAUUUUAACACAAAGCAGAUGGAGCAGCAGAUAUCACAGUUAGAAAAUAAAGUGUGUGAACUUGAUAAUGAAUGCUUCACUUUCAAGAAGAAGGUAGCAACACAAAUGGAAGAUAUAGCAGCACUUGAAGAAAAGACUAAGUUUCAAUCAGAAAAACUCUUGCAGACAAGUGAUGAUGCUUCCCACCUAAAGGCAGAGCUGAGUUCAGUUAGGUUGCAGAAUGAACACCUGGAGAAAUCGCUUGCAGAUGUGCAGCAUCGAUUGACAAUGAAAACCAAGGAGCUCCAAACAUUUCAAGAUCGGGUUGCCAGACAUGAAGAAAGGCUAGGUGAAUUCAGUAGGCAGAAUUCUGCUCAACGUGAAGAAGUCAGCUUAUUAAAAAGUACAAUAUCUGCUCUGGAUCAAGAAAAGGAUUGCCUGCAGGAAGUUGUGGAUGACAAAACUGAGAAAAUUGCAACUUUAGAAGAUAAUCUUGCCAACAGGGAAAAGGCUUUGACUAAUAUGAAGAUUACUGUCACUGAGCUGGAAUCAGCGCUAGAUCUUUUGAACGACACUCUGAGUAAUCGAGAUCGGGAAAUAAAUUCCUUACGUCGUCAGCUUGAUUCCGUUCGCAAGGAACUAGAGCAAGUUGAACAGUCUCGAAAUGAUGCUUUCAAAGAAAAUCGUUGCUUGCAAGAUGACUUGGCUCAAAUGACAAGGGAAAAUCAGGCAAUCAACAGUGAACUAGAGCAAGCUUUGCAAGAAAAGGAUGAUUUCAAAUCAAGAGUACAUAACUACAUCAAUGAGGUGGCAAGAAUAGAAAGCUUAAUGGUUGCCAAGGAACAAGAGCUUCAUCACAUGCUGGAGCAAUUCCGACUGGCAACUAACCAGGCUGAGAACUGGGAGCAUAAGGCCCAUCAGGCAGAGGGGGAGAGCAGUUCAAUUCGCUUGGAGCUCCUGUCUGUAGAUACAGAGAGACGACAUCUUGAAGAACGAGUGGUCAAGCUAGAAAGGGAAAUACAAGAGCACAUAUCUGCCCAACAAGCUUAUGAGAAGGAGAUUACGUAUUCUGCUAAAAGCAUGUCCAAAUUGGAGGAAGACCUGCGACAGACACAAGCUGAGAAAUCCCGUAUUUUAGGAGAUUUGUCCUCAAUCAGGGAACUGUGUGCCCAACUCGAUUCUAAUAAGGACACUCUGUCACGGCAACUUACUUCCAAAAAUAUGGAACAUGAAAGGACUUUAAGUGAACUAGAAGAUGUAAAGACCGAAAAUGAACUUCUGAAGAAACAACUGAGCAGUGAACGGGUCACUAUAAAGAACCUUGAGACAUUGUUAACAUCAACACGGGAAAAGGAGCUUCAAUGUCACCUCACAAAACAUGAAAAAGAGUCGGAGAUACAGCUUCUUGGGGAUAAGCUAUCUCUAGCAGAAAGCAAAGUAUCAAGUCAGAAUCGAGAAUUAGUUCAGCUUCGUACUAAAUCUUCACAGCUUCAAACUGAGCUUGAUCUUAUAAAACGGCAACUCACGACAGAACGUUUUGAAAGAGAACGUGCAAUUCAGGAAAUGCGUCACCAUGGCCUUUCUACCACCACCGUCAGUUCUUUGUCCCCUCUUAGAACAUCAGUAAGCCCUCUUUGUCAUUCCCAGGAUGCAUGCUCCCCUAAAGGAGUAUCAGAAUGUUCUACUGACUGUUAAAUUGCAAUUUUAGAAGUUUAUUUUAAGGAGUAGACUUCACGCAGCCCAGCUGAAUAUUUCACAAAUGGAGCCACAGGUCUCAACAAAAGAGCAUUUCAGAAGUUGGAUGCUGAAUCUUUUACAGUAUUAAUUUCAUCAAUUUUUGCAUAAUUUUGAAAUGAAGUAAACUUAAUUUCAGGACAAGAUUCUUUAUUAGAUGGUGUGGACUAUGAUAACUCAAUUAGUUGGCUGGUCCAUUAUUCCACUCUACAAACUUGUCAGUUUUGCCAUUUUAGUUCAUUUAAAAAGA